UUAAGUUAAACAGGAACCGGCCGGUUUGAAAUCCGUGUUCAAAGACGGGUCCGCUCUCCUUGGCAUCACAUCAGUCUCUUUUUUUUUAACUUUUUUUUUUUUUAACGCUUAACCAGUUUUUACCAGAGCAAUGUCUCUUGAAAGUGAAGUUAGAAGACAUCUUAAAUUUCAGCGGCUUUAGAGCUCCAGCUUCAUUUUUGGGGGGAAUUUGGAACCACAUGCUUUCAAAGUUUUUCUGUUUGUUGGUUUGAAAGUGACAAGACUGCAUUUUUUGUACUGAAGACUAUCCGAACUAUGGAAUUAGCAUUGGCCCAUCCUGCUCUCAAAGCCUUCAUGUGUGGCUCCCUUAGUGGGACAUGCUCCACACUGCUGUUCCAGCCCCUGGACCUGGUGAAGACCCGCCUGCAGACCCUACAGAUCGGUGUGCAGCAAGGCACAUCCAGAGUUGGCAUGGUGACAGUGUUUCUGAACGUUGUGCGCACAGAGAAGCUCCUCGGAUUGUGGAAAGGGGUUUCCCCAUCAUUUGCGCGGACCAUCCCAGGUGUGGGCAUUUACUUCAGUACAUACUUCACCCUGAAGCAGCACUUUGUCCAGGGGCAAAGCCCUGGGGCCAUGGAGGCGGUACUGCUGGGAGGAGGGGCCCGCAGUGUGGCUGGGGUCAUCAUGCUGCCUGUCACCGUCAUCAAGACACGAUUCGAAUGUGGCCGGUACAGUUAUGGAAGUGUAGUAGGGGCCCUCCGAAGUGUGUGUCGGACAGAAGGUCCAGGUGCUCUCUUUUCUGGACUAUGGGCCACGCUCCUCAGAGACGUCCCCUUCUCUGGGAUCUACGUCAUGUUCUACAGUCAGACCAAAGCGGCACUGCCCACAGAAAUCAGCCUGUCUGUCUCUGCCCCUGUGGCUAAUUUUGGCUGUGGUGUUGUGGCUGGUGUGUUGGCUUCUCUGAUCACUCAGCCUGCAGAUGUGGUCAAAACACAAGUGCAAGUCAACCCACAGCUCCGGACACCACAGGCCAUUACAUUCAUCUAUACGGAACAUGGUUUGCAGGGCUUCUUCCGAGGUGCGGUGCCAAGGCUUCUCAGGAGGACUAUGAUGGCGGCGAUGGCUUGGACUGUCUAUGAGCAAAUGAUGGCACGUUUUGGACUUAAAUCCUGAGAAAGAACCAUCAAGAAACCAUAACAAGUCAAGUCACUGAAAGAUCUGACCAAACAUGAUGGUCAGCUAUUAAAUACCAUGAACUGCACUGUACUGUUACAUGGAGCGAGGCCUUUGUUUUGUACUUUCUACCAAAUCAGUAGUUAAAUAUUAGAAUUGUCCCUAAACAUUUAUUAACAUUUUGAAUAACGACUCAAAUAUUAUGUUAUGAAAACUGCACAAUGUUAUUUUACUUUUUUAAGUAGUCUGACCUGCGGACUUGUGAGUACAUUUAGUACAGUAUAGGUAUUAGGCUCUUGUCGCUCAAAAACUGAAAUUGCCUCUUGAUUCAAAUUCAUUGUAAAUGACCUCCAUGGAUCUUUCACAUUGCACUUUAACUCAUGGACUAUUCCUUUUGAGUGUCACUUAGUUUUUACUUUUUGUUGUUCAUUUGUCCACUAAUCUAAUGUAAGUAUUUUUAACAUUGUUCUGUUGUUUUUAUUUAAAUAAUUAAAAAAUAAUGUGUGCUCUC